AUGUCUCUAGCAAGUUUACAACAUCGGACGUUGAAUAGCAGCGUAAAAUGUGUUCGUGUAGCGGCAAGAGCAGACGACGGCUACUUUUAUCCAGGCGUGCUUGUUAAUGGCGAUGAUGCUUUAAACUACGGUCAAGGAACUUAUACAAUGAUAUUCGAUAACGGCCAGUAUUCACGAGUAGAUUACAACCGUAUCGUCGGAAACAAUUUUCAGCGCCUUGAUAAUGGCUACCCCUUGCGUUAUGGUCAGAUCGCAUACGUUAGCUAUUAUGGAUCUCAGGUAGCCGCAAACGUGAUCGAUCACAGCGUUCGUGAAGGAGAAGUCCGAUUACAGUUAUGCAAGCAGCCAGAAGUAACUAUCAUUCGCAAUGUUGCUGAGGUUAAUUUGGUCCCCGAUACUCCAAAUAAAUAUAGAAAUCGUAAUGGUUUGAAGCGUUCGUUAUCCCGCGAAGUGAUCUACAAAGCAGCGAAGAGGCGAGCUAGUUUAGAUGAAGAUAAUGUGAUGGGUGAAGAAGAAGCCGCAUUGGUAUUGACAACACUAUGUAACUCUCCAUUAGGCAAAGGUGUUGAAGAAAGCGAUUCUCCUCGACCCUUGUGUAAUAGCGAUAUAUCGUAUCGGCAAAUCUGCGAUGAAUCGCCUCGUACUGAGUGCUCUAAAUUGCCACCAGUUCAAGAGCAGACUAAAGCUGAACAAGCAGACAUUUCUGCGAAUUGUUCACCUAUCAAAACCGUCUACUGUUGCACAUGGCCGAAAUGUAGGAAAGUCUUGUCUACUUAUCCAGGAAUUAUCCGCCAUAUCCGUACUAUCCAUUUUGGAGACAAUACUGAGAAAUUAGACAACGGAGAAGAAGAAUUUUAUUUUACAGAGGUUGAGGUCACAAUGGAUAAAGUAGUAGAUGAUGUUGCUAGCGUAAAACCUUCGUCACCAACUGAAAGUGUUUUUAUUAAAGAACAAAAUACGUAUAUAACAAAAAAGAGCAAAGGUGAUGGUAAAAAGUGUAGAAAGGUCUACGGAAUGGAAAAUCGUCAUCUUUGGUGCACUCAAUGCCGCUGGAAGAAGGCAUGCACUCGCUUUUUAGAUUAG